UCUCAAACUCCAAGCCCCAAGUUUCAUGGACGCCUAGGUCCCCAAGCUCGGUAGACCACUCAAGGACGGCUUCUGUAUAUCUUCUUUCGGUCAACCUUGUGACUGAUCCAGUAACUUCAGAAAUUUAACCGCAAUGGCAGCUGCUCUUCCGCGCCCGUCGAGGCCGUCCUACGGACCUCCAAACACCGCUCUGCCAGCACUACCAACUACGAAGACCAGGAAGAGUACAGGCAACAUUCCAAGUGGUUCCGAGGCAGGAACAGCUCUGCAUCCUCUUCCCAACUUGCCAAAAAGUGGCCUUCGUGCUCCUUCCGCAUCACAUCUUGCGCUCCCAACAACACCCGGUGGAAGCUCAACGCUACCAAAGUCAAAAGCCACUCCAGGGGUGAAUAGCGCCGGCAAGACGAUAAGGAAGACUAUUAGCAUCAAUGCAUUUCCACAACCUCCGAGAGGCAUAAGAACUACAAGUCUGCCUCCAAGUCCGCUCUCUGGUGGUGCUGCUCCGGGCAGUAGCCUACCGAGCAGGAGAGAAUCUACAGAUACCAGCCCGGCUGGAAGUAGUAAACCUCGGAAACGCAAGACCGGCAGCAGUCCCAAGACUCAAAGUUAUGCUGCUGGUGUUACGCCAAGCUUACUGAACGGCAGUGGUGAUAGCAGGUCAAUAUCUAGCGGACCAGGAGCUCGAGGAUCUGAUGGGCUGUUGAGCCUUCCAUCUCCUCCACAAAGUCGCAGCUCUUCUGCCCAAGACUCCUAUUCGACAUCGGCAACCACAUUUGACGAUACUGGAGAUGGCCCACGCGGGCGAGAUGCUUCUGAUUCGACCAAUGACAAUAGCAAAUUGACCGAAGGGAAGGGCAAUGUCAUUGUCAGCGUUCGAGUCAGACCCGAUGCUGCAGAAGGCAAGAAAACCGAGAAUGGAGAAUGGAUGGUAGAUGGGAGGAGAUCGCUGGUGGCAUAUCGAGGAAAGGAAGGAGGGGACUACUAUUAUGAUAAUGUCUUUGCAACUCACGAUAAUAAUGCGAAAGUCUACGAUGCGUCUGCAAAACGGCUAGUCCGACGAGUAAUGGAAGGAUAUCACGGGACAGUCUUUGCAUAUGGAAUGACUGGAACUGGAAAGACCUUUUCGAUGCAAGGAACAGCGACUUCACCAGGUGUGAUUCCUCUCGCAAUCACCGACAUAUUCUCUUACAUUCGCGAAACGCCAUCACGAGAGUUUCUCCUGCGGGUCAGUUACCUGGAAAUCUACAACGAGAAGAUUCAUGAUCUUUUAAGUGCACCACCUGCCGGUACUGGUCCAGGCGUUCCGCAACAGGAAGAAAUCAAGCUUCGAGAAGACAGUAAGAGAGGCGUGUACGCCAGUCCAUUGAAGGAGGAGAUCGUGCAGAGUCCCACACAACUUCUCAGAGUUAUUGCUCGAGGUGACCAUGCAAGACGAACAUCCAGCACACAAUUCAAUGCUAGAAGUUCGCGAAGUCAUGCUGUUGUACAAAUCGUGGUUGAGAGUAGAGAAAGAAUUCCUGGCAGUGGAGCCAUGAGCGAGAACAAGCGUUCAGGCCUGCUUCCGGGUGGUGUUCGCGUCUCAACUCUAAGCUUGAUCGACUUGGCUGGAUCCGAAAGAGCUGCCGAGACCAAGGAACGAAGGACAGAAGGUUCUCAUAUCAACAAGAGUUUACUGACUCUUGGCACCGUCAUUGCACGAUUAUCCGGAGACAAAGACAAGGAUGGGAAGCCAACCGACAAAGAUGGAAAGCAUCUUCCUUACAGAGAUAGCAAGCUCACCAGACUUCUCCAAGGUGCAUUAUCUGGUGACUCACUCGUCAGUAUCCUUUGCACGAUUCAAAUCGGCUCAGCAGGGAGUACGGCAGCCGCAAAUACUCACACUGGAGAGACCAUAAACACGCUGAAAUUUGCAUCGAGGGCAAAGAACAACAUCGUCAGUCACGCUAAGAAGGCCGAAGAAGCUCUAGGAGCUGGUGGAGACGGUGGUGCGAGAGUGCUUCUUGAGCGAUACCGAAUGGAGAUCUUAGAGCUGCGAAGCCAACUUGACGGUCAGGCCAAAGCCAAGAGUGAAGACGAUGAGAGAGAAAGAGAAAAGGAAGCAGAACAACGUCAUGAAGAGCAAAUGCUAGAAAUGCAAUUAGCACGCACAGCGUUGAAAGAGAGGAUUGAGCAUCUGAAUCGCUUAAUCUUGAGCUCGAAAUCAACUGGAGUCAACGCCAGUGGAUCCUAUUCUUCUCUGGGUAUGCAUCCAAGACUGUCUGCCAUGACAUCCAACGGUCAUCUCUCCCAAAUGUCAGCUCGCUCUUCAUUAGCUCAGUCUACGACUGGACGGAACUCGCUGGAACGAACAUCUUCGAUGAAAUCAGUGUCCACAAUUGGCCAACUGCCUAAGUCCCAAAGGUUGUCUGGAGAGCGAUUGUCCAACGGAUCGGUCGACGAGGAAGAUUCUUUGGGCGAAUUUGGUGAUGGCACCGCUUCUCUGGCAGCCCAGAACCGAGCGCUUCAAGCCGAUCUUGCAGACAAGACACGAUAUUGCCAGACUCUUGAGAAGCGUCUACUUCAAGCUCGACGGUCAAGCCAUUCUCGUACAUCCGUCGGAUUCUCGAACAGCAAGAAUGGCAUCAUGGUUGGUGAAGACCAUGGUGUGGCUGCUUUGCUCAAGGAGAAGGAUGCUGAGAUUGCUGAUCUGCGGGCGAGAUUGGACGACAAAGACCGGAUGCUGACAGCUUUGAGGAGUGCUGCUCGGUCGAGAGACACUGCAGACCGAGAUCCGCGGACAUCACAGAUUCAGCUGUUGGACAAUGGGCCACUAACACCAGCGUCUGCGAGAGCGUCACAGCUCUUGGAUAAUGGCCCUUUGUCUCCAAUCCUAUCUGCUGGUCCUGUUGGACUACUGUCGCCUAAGAUUCGAAAGCGUACCAAGAGCGUAGAUGAGAUGAGCAAGAUGCUUGACGAGAUGAUCCAGGAUCGAGUCGAGAGUGGACAGUUGGUGAAGGGUGUUCGAGGCAGUGUUCGGAUCGCCAGCGAGCGAAAACGAGAUACUCUCGCCGAGGCCCUCACAACUCUCGAACCACUAAAGAAUCCAUUGGCCAGUGAAGCGCCAGCGAUGGUGGCAGAAGUAUAAUGUUGACGAAGGGGAGGCUAUCUGUACGAUUUUUGGCGGCUGAACUGAGCGAUCCAUGGUUUUGAUUAAUAUUUGAAAAGGCGUUCUGGGG